AGGUUCGGCGCUGAGGCUGAUUGGUGGGCUGCCACUCAGCGGUACUUCAAAGCCGGAGAGGAGCUACAAUUGAGGUGGAAUGGGCGGACCUGAUCAUUGUAUUGCACACCUCUAAAAAAAACACUGCUCUGAUUUAUACAUAUAAAAAAGAUCCUCUGAGGAGGGCACUUUUGUGAUGGCAACUUCUCUACUAGGGGUGAGUCUGAGGAUUUUCUUGUUGCUUUAAUUAGUUCUUUUCUUCUUCCCCCCUUUUCUUUUACUGCCUGUUGGAGGGGGUUAAAAUAGCCCUGGGUCCAGACAGGGGCUAUCAGUCUCCCAUUGAGCGCUUUAGUACGAGGGAGUGGAGAGAGGAGGAAAAAAAGGAAGGAACUUAAAGGGGGCCGAGUCACUUUGGAUAAGGUAUUAAGGGCAUUUGGAGCAAGAAGCAUUGAGCUCGGUGCUGCAGGCUCGGUACAUGAGUGCAGGGACAGGUUUAUAGGCUCGACUUCCUACUGGCAUUACCCUCAGCCUUCUCCUCUGCCAGGAAGAGCCCCGCUUGGGAUCCACACCCCUGGCCAUGUUGGCCGCCACCUGUAACAAGAUCGGCAGCCCCAGCCCUUCCCCAUCCUCCCUGUCGGACAGUUCGGCCUCAUUCGGGAAGGGCUUUCACCCAUGGAAACGAUCGUCGUCCACUUCCAGCAGCUGCACUCUGGCUUCAGGCUCUCUCUCUGGCUUCAGUGUUGGGGGCUCAUCCAGAGGGGGAAACGGAUCGUCCAGCGCUGCAGCGGCGGCGGCUGCUGCUGCUGCGGCUGCCGCGGCAGCUGCCCUAGUUUCGGACUCUUUUAGCUGCGGGGGUUCUCCUGGAUCCAGCGCCUUUUCACUCACUUCUGGAGUAAGCGGUGGCGGAGGAGGCGGCGGAGGGAGCAGCGGAUCGGUAUCAGCCGCCUCCCCGUUUGCUAACGAGUACUCUGUGUUCCCGGUAAGCGGGGGGUCCCAGGAGGCAGCGGCGGCGGCGGCAGCUGCAGCAGCUGCGGCGGCUGCGGCCGCCUCCCACCACCAGCCGGUGUUCCUGUCCAAGGUGCACGCUUCAGUAGACGGACUGCAGAGUAUCUACCCCCGGGUGGGAAUGGCGCACCCCUACGAGUCCUGGUUCAAACCCUCGCACCCUGGGGAAGUGAGUGCGGCUGCGGCCGGAGGGGCCUCUAGUUGGUGGGAAGUUGGAGCCGGUUGGAUCGAUGUGCAAAGUCCCGGGGCCGGUGCCGCUCUUCACCCUGGGGCGCUGCAGGGCUCCCUACACUCCCCGCUGGGGGGAUACGGUACGGACUACAGUGCAGCCGGCCUGGGACAUUUCAGUGCUGGGGGUGGCGGCGGUGCAGGAAGCGGAGGGGGAGCGGCCGGGGCAGGCAAUGGCGGAGGAGGGGGCCCGGGAAGUCACUUACUGAGCUCGGGAGGACAGCACAUAAUGGACGGAUUUAAACCUGUCAUUGGACCUGGUUCGUACCCUGACCCAUCCUCCUCCCCUUUAUCAGCAGGCUCCAUGCUGGCACCUACCGGGCCCCUGGGUGGGUCUCCCCGCUCCUCAGCCCGGCGCUACUCGGGAAGGGCCACCUGUGAUUGCCCCAACUGUCAGGAAGCCGAGAGACUGGGCCCCGCUGGUGCCAGUUUGAGAAGGAAAGGGUUGCACAGCUGUCACAUCCCGGGCUGCGGCAAAGUCUAUGGCAAAACGUCGCACCUAAAAGCGCAUUUGCGCUGGCACACUGGGGAGCGGCCCUUCGUCUGCAACUGGCUUUUCUGCGGCAAGAGAUUCACUCGCUCCGACGAGCUGCAGAGGCACCUGCGCACCCACACUGGGGAGAAGCGCUUCGCUUGCCCCGUCUGCAACAAGCGAUUCAUGCGCAGCGACCACCUCAGCAAACACGUGAAGACGCACAGUGCCGGGGGGGCAGGAGGGGGCGCAGGCUCCACAGGGCCAGGCAGCGGCAGCAAGAAGGGCAGCGACACCGACAGCGAGCACAGCCCCUCCACUAGCCCACCAUGCCACUCCCCGGACCUCCUGCACCCCCCUGACCGCAAUGGCUUGGAGUAAAGCCCCCCAGCAGGCCCCGGACACUCAGUGGUCACUGUGUAAGGGCACGGACAUGGCACUAACUGGCAUUGUUCCCCCGCAGCUUGACUCCUUUAUUGCACAAAUGAGCCCCACUUAGCACAUCAAAAGUCGUUUUAAAGGAUUUGUCCAAAAAUGUGGAAGCUAAUUCCCCCCUCCCAGCAUUGCUGAAGCGGACAAGAAGGAAACUAAUAAGGACAAGUUAUCUGAACUGGUGUGUGAGGGUGGGUGCUGCUGGGUGGCAUAAUGUGCCCGGGUGCCCCCAAUGCGUUUAAUAUGAUCGCUCUGCUGUCUGAACUGGUUCCCUCGCAAGUUGCUUUUUUCCAGGCUUCUCUAGAACCCAGGUUUUAAUGGAGACUGGAAAUGCCAAAUGAAAAUGCCACAGUAAGUGCUUCUAUUGUGUGUGGGCAAGCCUCGCAAAGUUGUGUGAAAUGGUUCAGCUACAGUAGUUCGUACUCAGCUGCGAUUCUGUCGCGCAACAAUUUCCCUGUCCCAAGAAGGAACUCAGAAACUAGUAGCCUAGUGAUUGCUGGGACUUGUGGGGUGGGGGGGGGGGGGUUAUCAGUCAGGAGGUUAUCGCUAUGAAAACAAAGGGGAGGCUUUGUACUUGGUAUCCUAUCCUAUUCAAAUCCCACCUAAAAUGCACUUGAUUCUUCAGAAGGACCUUCCAUUAGCCCCAUUCUGUAACCCUGUGAGUGCCAGAGGUGACUUCCCAGUAAUACUUACCCAUUCUAUAACCCUGUGAGUGCCAGGGGUGACUUCCCAGUAACACUUACCCACUCUGUAACCCUGUGAGUGCCAGGGGUGACUGCCCAGUAACACUUACCCACUCUGUAACCCUGUGAGUGCCAGAGGUGGCUUCCCAGUAACACUUACCCACUCUGUAACCCUGUGAGUGCCAGAGGUGGCUGCCCAGUAACACUUACCCACUCUGUAACCCUGUGAGUGCCAGAGGUGACUUCCCAGUAACACUUACCCACUCUGUAACCCUGUGAGUGCCAGAGGUGGCUGCCCAGUAACACUUACCCACUCUGUAACCCUGUGAGUGCCAGAGGUGACUUCCCAGUAACCCUUACCCACUCUGUAACCCUGUGAGUGCCAGAGGUGGCUGCCCAGUAACACUUACCCACUCUGUAACCCUGUGAGUGCCAGAGGUGACUUCCCAGUAACCCUUACCCACUCUGUAACCCUGUGAGUGCCAGAGGUGGCUGCCCAGUAACACUUACCCACUCUGUAACCCUGUGAGUGCCAGAGGUGGCUGCCCAGUAACACUUACCCACUCUGUAACCCUGUGAGUGCCAGAGGUGGCUGUCCAGUAAAACUUACCCACUCUAUAACCCUGUGAGUUCCAGAGGUGACUGCCCAGUAACACUUACUCUGUAACCCUGUGAGUGCCAGAGGUGGCUGCCCAGUAACACUUACUCUGUAACCCUGUGAGUGCCAGAGGUGGCUUCCCAGUAACACUUACCCACUAUAUAACCCUGUGAGGGCCAGAGGUGGCUUCCCAGUAACACUUACCCACUAUAUAACCCUGUGAGUGCCAGAGGUGGCUUCCCAGUAACACUUACCCACUCUAUAACCCUGUGAGGGCCAGAGGUAGUUGCCCAGUGACACCAAUUGCUUGGGCAGGGGAGAGAUUUCCAUUUAUGAUAAAAAUUUUUGUACUUUACCGUACUUGUCCCUCUCUCUCUUUCAUACAUACUGGGAUGUUCCUAAAUAGGACUAAAGAAUGUCGGUUCACUUGUGCUUCUCCUCCUUUCUGCCCAUUCCUAUCUGAACCUUGUAUUUUACACUUCCUAACGAUCAGUUCUACAUGAAGGUGCUCACAUCUAUCUACUAAAUCUAAUUCACUUUGGUAGUAGGAAAAUAAUUACCCUCAGAUUCCUUGUCCUGGGCAUUGAUUUUAUUAUGUGCAAGUUCUUGCCCGGUAACCAGUUCCAUAAAAUUAAAUUAUAAAUAAUAAUGAACAAAAAAUAAUCUAAUAGCUGUGGAAAUUGGUCUCUUUUAAAGGCUUCCGCCAAAAUGUGAGGUGAAUCACGGAGGCUAUUUGUAUAGUAUUUUUCUUGUACAUAAAUCGCAGUAAAUAUUUGAAAUAUAUAUAUAGAAGUGCAACAGUUUUCUUUUUGUCACAGCAAUGAAAUAAAUCGAGUUAUUGUUACAGCUAACUGACGUUUAUUUUAUAUUUUUUGGGGUUUAUUUGUCCCUUGAAGUGUUUAUGAGACAAAAAAGGCACUUUGAGGAUUUUAGUUUUGCUUGAAUAUGAAUUUAGAUGGGAAUAAUCUUUGGGGGAAAAUGCAAAGCGAUAUUUGAUUAAUGUUGAAUGCCAUUUUAUUUAAUGGAGCAUGUUCUUUGCAAUUGCUGGUAUAGCUAAAGUAACAGUCCUCCUCUGAUUUCAUUACAAGUGAGUACCCCAAACACUCACAUAUUAAUUAUACUGUAGGUGGCCUGUGUAUUUCCUGCUAAAAUGUAAAAAAAAGAAAAAAAAAUGAGAGAAAAAAAUGUUAAAAAAUAAUAAAGAUGAAAAAAAACACAUUAUGAAAUGUUAAAUAGCCACUGACAAGAAGAUAUCCAUAGUUUGCAGAAACUGCAGACUGAUUUUUUCCUCUUGUUGUAAUGUUGAAAUAAUUUGGAUAUUUCACAUUGAAAUGAAAAAAAGCCUUUCGCUGGGACGUUUUAGAUUGCAUUAUAAAUGCAUGAAAUGUAAUUGGUUUUAUUUGUAAUAUUUUAAAUAAUGGUAUUAAUAAACUCUGGAAAAAAAGAAAAA